UUUUCGGAGUAAAAUAGAAUUUAAUAAUAUCAAUACUGAGAAGAAUUCCUCACUCCAGCACUGCUAGCUCCUUGUAUGAUUUUGCUCCGAAUUCUUCUAAAAUCAACAUUUGCAAUUUCAGUUGCAAUUCUUUCUGAAUCUCAUCUGGCUUUCUGAAGAAUUGAAAAAUUGAUUGCGAUUCGAUCGAGUUCAGAGAAAUCAUGGGAAUCUGCAGGAAAUUCAAUGGCGACAUCGCUAAUUUUGAGCAGAAAUAGAAGCUGAAAGGGGCCAAAAGGAAUAGGAACUUUGGUUAGUGUUUUAUACAGUAGCAAUUGAAAGAGAGAUCUGUGCGUGAUUUUGCUUUUCUGGGUUGAUUUGCAAAUGGAGUACAGGAAAAUCAAGGAUGAGGAUAAAGAUGAAGGCUCUGCUGGGGAGGACAUAGAGAGCUUAAGAAACAAAUCCCUUUCAGUCCCUCUAAGUAAUGUGGCUACUUUGGGAGGGGGCUCAAGUGACAGAUCCAAGUGGAAGCGCAAGACAAUUGUUACACUCGCAUUGACUAUUCUCACAAGUUCACAAGCUAUACUUAUUGUUUGGUCCAAAAGAGCUGGCAAGUACGAGUACAGUGUCACUACUGCAAAUUUCUUGGUGGAGACUUUAAAAUGUGUCUUAUCACUUGCAGCCUUGGCAAGGAUCUGGAAAAAUGAAGGAGUUACUGAAGAUAACAGGUUGUCUACAACUUUGGAUGAAGUCAGUGUUUAUCCCAUUCCUGCUGCACUGUACCUUGUCAAGAAUUUGCUUCAGUAUUACAUCUUUGCCUAUGUGGAUGCUCCGGGUUAUCAAAUACUCAAGAACCUUAAUAUUAUAAGCACUGGUGUUUUAUAUCAAAUGAUACUCAAGAGAAAGUUAAGUGAGAUUCAGUGGGCAGCUUUCAUUCUAUUAUGUGCUGGAUGUACCACAGCACAAUUGAACCCUUCUUCUGAUCACGUUCUUCAAACACCUUAUCAGGGUUGGAUAAUGGCCAUUGUAAUGGCACUUUUAAGUGGUUUUGCUGGAGUGUACACUGAGGCUAUUAUUAAAAAACGUCCUUCAAGAAACAUAAAUGUGCAGAACUUCUGGCUGUAUGUCUUCGGGAUGGUCUUCAAUGCUGUUGCCAUUCUGAUUCAAGAUUUUGAUGCAGUCAUGAACAAGGGUUUCUUCCACGGGUAUUCAUUGAUUACAGUUCUCAUGAUUCUCAAUCAUGCACUCAGUGGCAUUGCUGUAUCCAUGGUAAUGAAAUAUGCAGACAACAUCGUAAAGGUCUAUGCUACUUCAGUGGCGAUGCUUCUCACAGCAGUUGUCUCUGUGUUUCUAUUUGGCUUUCAUCUAUCCCUUGCUUUCUUCCUUGGCUCAACCGUUGUCUCUGUCUCGGUGUAUCUACACUCCAUUAGCAAGUUAACAAGACAAAGAUAGUGACUUUUUAUGAUCUCUGCCAAAUCCAGUGUAAAGGCUUCUGCUAAAUUUUUUUUUCCCUUUAUUUUCCCACCUACACAGUUAUCUUGGGUGUACCUAUUUGAAAAAGAGAGAGAGAAGCAUUACAGUUUAUAUAAUUCUAUUACAACUAAUUCUCGAUCAACAAGCAUGAAAUACUAGAUUUCAGUCUCUAGUGUUUUUGUUCCGCUUUAAGGAUAGAUGAGCAAGAGAUGCCCAGUUUCAUUUGUAGAAACUUUUCAGUACUCUGAUUAUAUUUUAGUCACAUCA